AUGAUUACAUCUGAAGAGCAGUUUAUCAUGUUUACAUUUUCAAGGAUAAAUCAUGUGGACAACAGUGGUCAGUGCGCAUGUAUCCAUGCUGCUGUAAACGGCCACCUGGACACGCUGGUUUAUUUACUGCAGUGUGAUUGGUCAGUGUACGAGGGUCAGGUGACCAAGGUUGAAGCAAUGCAGCAGUCAUUCAUUGUAGCUGCUGCAAAGGGACACAAAGGGAUCUGUGAAUACCUACUUCACUGUAACAGGAAUAUACGUGAAAGUUUCGGUCUUGAUGUGGUUGACACUUUGUUAGGAGAAACACCGCUUACGGCGGCAUGUUUGAAUGGACGUAAAGAAAUUGUGAGGUGGUUGUUGGACCGAGAAGCUAGCCCUGAAACAACCAAUCUGAAGUCAUUAAGCCCUUUACUGUGUGCAGUGGAGGCGGGAAAAUGGGAACUUGUUGAUCUCCUGCUGUUUUUAGGUUUUUCGAUUGAGCAGACAGAUAAACAUUGCCGUACUCCAUUAAUGAUUGCAGCUUACAAAGGGCAUAUUAGAGUCCUGGAGAUGCUGUUGUCAAGAGGAGCUUCAAUCCACAAGACGGACAAGGAGGGUCUGACUGCAUUGUGCUGGGGUUGCUUGAAAGGUCACCUACAUAUUAUACAGUCAUUGCUGGAUCGUGGCUCACACCUUCAUCAUGCAGAUAGAUGUGGAAGAAGUCCAUUACAGCUGGCUGCCCUCCACGGAGAUGCACAAGUGGUUCAGUAUUUGAUAGAUCAAGGUGCCCAGAUUGAGCAUGCUGAUCUGAACGGGAUGCGAGCAUUAGACCAUGCCAUCGAUCGCAGAAAUACAGCCGUUGUUGUAAGUUUCUUGCGUAAAGGAGCAAAACUAGGUCAGAUGACGUGGGCAUUUGCUGCCGGAAAGCCAGAUGUGAUAUUGCUGCUGCUUAAUAAGUUGAUGAAGGAUGGAAAUGUCUUGUAUAGGAAAAAUCGCACAAAAGAGGCAGCUCAGCGUUACCAGUAUGCCUUGAAGAAAUUUCCUCAGGAGGAUUUUGGUGAUGAUUACAAGACAUUUAAUGAAGUGAAGUUGAACUUGGUGCUGAAUCUAUCUCGAUGCAAGAGAAAAAUGAAUGACUGUGAGGGUGCAAUAGAACUGGCCACGAAGGCAUUGCAAUUAAAACCAAAAUGUUUUGAAGCUUAA